AUGGCCCAACGUCCGGCUCCUCCCGUCCCGACAGGGCGCGGCGCGCGGCGUGAUAUGCCGAGCGACCGCGCCUCACGACCCAAGCCCCGCAUCGGCCAUGGCCACCCACGCGAUCACUGGACACCAAGUCGCGCUCAAGUUCAUCAACAAGAACAAGAUCACGAGCCGAGACAUGAAGGACCGUGUCAAGCGCGAGAUCCAGUACCUGAAGGUGCUCCGCCAUCCUCACAUCAUCAAGCUGUGCGUGAGGUGAAGGGUUACGCUGACCCCAGGUACGAAGUGCUCACGACGCCGACGGACGUUAUCAUGGUGAUGGAGUACGCGGGAGAAGAGCUGUUCAACUACAUUGUUGCCAAGGGCAAGGGAGGCGAGGACGAGGCGCGGCGCUUCUUCCAGCAGAUGAUCUGUGCUAUCGAGUACUGCCAUGUCCAUCACAUUGUGCACCGUGACCUGAAGCCGGAGAAGCUCUACUCUGGCCCGGAGAUUGACGUGUGGAGUGCCGGCGUCAUCAUGUACGUUUUACUCUGCGGCAAGCUGCCGUUCGACGACGACCACAUUCCGUCGCUGUUCAAGAAGAUUGAGAGUGGAAUCUACCACAUGCCGUCGCACAUUUCGAAGGAGGCGCAGCACGUCCUCCGCCGCAUGCUCGUCGUCGACCCGGUGAAGCGCGCGACCAUUGCCGAGAUCAGAAACAUGCCCUUCUUCCUCGAGAACCUGCCGGCGUACCUCCAGCCGCUGCCGCCGACGCCCAUGAUUGAGCGCUACCCGACGAUCCCGAUGGACGACCUGAACAGCUUACUGCUGAUGAACGAGUCGGGCGGCGACCCGAAACAGCUUGCAGCGGAGAAGGGCUACGUGUUCACGGAAGACCUCGGCGUCAUCGACCCGAGUAUCGUCAAGGACCUGCUGGCCAAGAUUACGACGUACACAGAGCCCAUGGUGUGGGAGGAGCUGCAAAAGCCAGGCGACAACCAGGUCAAGGUCGCGUACCAGCUUGUGCGCGACCACCGGCGCGUGCGCGACUCGAUGCAGGGGAUGAACGAGGACGACCACCGGGCGAUGGAGAACUUCCUGGCGUCGUCCCCGCCAGCGUGGAACGCCGAGUUCAACUCGACGCAGCCAAACGAGGAGAACGGCGACGUGGACUUUGAGGACGAGGACGACCCCGAGAUCCAGGAUAUCCCGAAUGCGCACUUUGACGUGCUCGACAGCAGUCUGCCUGGGCGCGGGACGCCGGCGUCGGGCGAGGGCGCAAGCCAGGUGAACGCCGAGCGAGCCGCGGCGGCCCUGCUGCCUCAGCAGGCGACGGGCCGUCCCCCGCAAAAGCCGCGGUGGCACUUUGGCAUCCGAUCGCGCAGUCCGCCGAUGGAGGUCAUGCUAGAGAUCUACAAGACGCUGCAGCUGCUAGGCAUGGAGUGGAAGGUGAAGGAGAACGUGGCUCUGCCCGAGAUCGGCCCCCCGCCUCCGGGAGGAUACGGGGAGGAGGUAGAAGAUGUGUUGUGGGCGUACAAGCAGGCGAACCCAGACGCGAGCAUCGAGAUGGGCAAGCGCCCGCCCGGCAAGAAGGAGGCAGCGGCGACAGACAAGCAGGCGCAGGGCCUGUUCUUUGUCGAGACGCGCGCGCGCUACCGCGACGUCAUGGUCCGCAUGGAUCUGCAGCUGUACCGCGUCGACGACCACAAUUACCUCGUCGACUUCCGCAACGUUGGAUACUACCCUAUCGAACCGAAGCCGCAGCAGCCCGAGGAGGUCGCCGGCACGCCGGCGCACGCGGGAAGCGUGCCGCAGCGCGAUGUGUCCCAGGGCCAUAUCCUUGGCCAUGUCUCGGGCCCCUUCCACUUCCUCGAGAUGGCGUGCCAGCUCAUUGCCGAGUUGGCCGCGGACCGCGAUGGCGCAGGCAGGUAG